AUGGUCAAGGCUGCACCCGGUGAUGAUCUGAUCGCACUUCGUAACAAGGCUUUCGCGUCUUUCAGAACCCAGUGCCGUGGUAAACAAGAUAUUUUGGAGUGCUCUGACGUAGGACCCUUAGGGAUGGAAGAUGGACGCAUCCCAGAUGCAAGCAUCACUGUGUCGUCAAUGUGGAGGAACUGGGCCCAUUUCGGACCCACCAGGGCUCGGCUUAACCUUGAAGCCACAAGAGGGUCCGCAGCCUGGUGUAAUUACCGUGACCCCAAUCCAUGGGUCCAAGUCGACCUCGGUAGUGUCAUCAUCACUGACGUUAUCACCCAGGGGCGCGGGGAUUACAUCUAUGGUAACUUUGACCAAUGGGUGACAGACUUCAAAGUAGCCUUCAGCGAUGAUGGCGUAGAUUGGACUGACGUCACUAAUGAUGGAUCAUGUUCACCAAUGAAGUUCCCUGGAAACUCGGACAGAAACACCCACGUGACCACCACUUUCCCGAAGGCUUUCCAGGCCAGAUUCCUGCGUAUCCUGCCUACUCGGUGUCAUGGACACUGCUGCAUGAGGUUUGAAGUCCUCGGCUGCACAAUUAAGGAGUAA